AAAACCCUAAAAAUAAAUAAAACAAAAAGAGAUGAGAAUGAGGGAAUAAGCGCAAAGUAAAGAAAUUAAAGCCUCUUCCUGCUUUCUUUCCUCCACCCUCUUCCUCUUUAAUGCUCUUUUUCCCUUUCUUUCUCCUCUCUGGUAUUCCCUUGGUGUGAUUCUCCACCAUCUCCCUAAAGAGCCAUCAAACUUUAUAAAAGAAAAACAUAAAAGCAUUUGAACACCAUGGUUUUCUCCUCUAUUCCAGUCUUUGUAGAUCCUCCCAAUUGGCACCAGCAAACCAACCAUCCUCAGGCCAAUGGCAGUGACAACACUCAGCUUCUUCCACCUUUGCCACCGCAGCAGACUCAUGUGGGAGCUUCUGUGGGAUCAAUCAGGCCAGGUUCCAUGGCUGAUCGAGCUAGGCUGGCUAAGAUACCUCCUCCUGAAGCAGCUCUCAAGUGUCCACGUUGUGAAUCAACCAACACUAAAUUUUGCUAUUUCAACAACUACAGCCUCUCUCAACCACGCCACUUCUGCAAGACUUGCAGGCGUUAUUGGACAAGAGGGGGUGCUCUAAGAAACGUUCCUGUGGGUGGAGGCUGCCGAAGGAACAAGAAGAACAAAAGGAGUCGCUCUAAGUCUCCAGCAUCAUCUGACAAACAAACACUGUCUGGUUCUUCUGGUGCACUCCCCUCUGCUGGAAACACUCACGAGCUUAUAGGCCAGUUGCCGCAACCACCGAACCUUCCCUUCAUGGCAUCACUCCAGAACCUGAACCGUUAUGCUGUCGGAAACAUGGGUCUCGGGUUGCGUGAGAUUCACGGACAGAACGAUCACAUGGGUUUUCAAAUUGGUGGCAGCGGUAAUUCCUCUGCUGGUGGAGGAAUGGAUCAGUGGCGCUUGCAGCAGAUUCCUUUCUUUAAUGGUUUUGAAUCUUCUUCAGCCGGUUCAUACCAUUUUCAAAAUGAAAGUAUUGAAACACCUUCUGGUUUAGUUGGAGAUUUAGCAACGAAUUCUAGGGUUUCUCAGAUGCCAUCAGUUAAAAUGGAAGAAAGUGGAGCUUUGAAUUUGUCAAGAUCACCACUGAACGUCUCAGAAAAUAACCACUACUAUUCAUGGACUGAUAUGUCAGGUCUUUCCUCUUCUUCUGCUAGUCAUCUCUUGUAACUUUGACCAUAUGAGCAUAACAUAUAUAUAUAUAUAUGUAUUCACAUAUAUAUAUGGUCAAUAACCCCGUCAUCCCAAUUGAACUUCUUUGCUUGAAUUGUUAACUACUUCGAAACGAUCUCACACCAUGGAUCAAAGAAAUUCUCAAACGAUUUGGAUGUUCCACAGAACACCUUGCCUUGACUUCAUUCCAAGUUCCACUAUCAUCAGUUGACAGAAAUUAACGCAGACAUGGUAGAAUUGAUAUCCUCUUCUUUGUAAUUUCAAUUCCGGUCAUUGAUUUAUGUUUAAGUUUUUGUUUUGUUUUUCAUCCAGUCGAGUAUUCUGUGUACUAUAUACAUGAGCUUGUUUAAUUGUA